AUGACUGCUACGAUAACUGCAAGCCACUCAUCCAUCUUUGAGACAGCUAUUGCCGUGAUUCAAAUCGACGCGAAUACGUACUCGGCCUAUCUUGACCCGCAUAGUGCAUUGAAAGGUCCCUCACGGCGGCUACACGGCCAGCGUGCUCUCCGAACAGCCGCGACGCAUUUCGCCCGAAAACACGCCGCUACAGAUGCAGGACCAAAACGAGGACAAAGGCAAGGGCGAAUACGCUCUCCUGAGCCUAUCGCGUUUCAAAUCACGUUCCAGCGAACGUUCGUCGCUGGGCCCGCCAUCCUGACAGUCAAGGAAUUCAAGCUCGGCGCUAGAAUUAGCACGAUCCAUGUCACGCUGUCCCAGACGCGUGAUGGGGGCGAUGCGGUCGGCUCUGGAGAUAGAACCAAGCUUGAGGUGAAAGUGCUCGCGUAUAUUACCCUCGCUCCGCCAGAUAUGGAGGAGAGCCCCCGUGUCAGAGGAGUCGGGCCAUGGACCGAUCUCUCGCCGGGGAUGCCACAAGGGUCGCUGCACGGCGGCGCAAUUGAUUUCAGCGCGCUGGCGAAGGACGGAAGGGAUGGGGAAUGGAGAGCUGGCCCCCAGGCACCUCCCUCGCUGCAUGCAGUGAAACACCUCAAGGUAUAUAGCCCGUCCUCGACAUUGUUACCCAAGACGGUUGAGGAGCGUGCGGGGCAGGUCGUUGAACAGUGGACGCAGUUCGCGCCUGGCGGGAUGCCCGCGCGGUGGUCUAAUGGCGCUGGUGUGCCUUGCGGAUAUCUUUCCUGCGGCGUUGGAUCGGAUGGGGGCGAUGGAGGCAAUGAGACUUCUUGCCACUGGUGCGGGUGGGACGAGCGCAGCCUGCCGAAGAGAGCGACGGUGAUGAUCUCAAUGUUUUGGUAUCCGCCUGUAAUAAUGGACAUUGACCUGAAGACGCGGCUCCCUCCCAGUGGGAUGGAGUGGCUGUAUUCGCGGGUGGUGACGAGGAUGGUCCGUGGGAGCCUCGCAGACUUGGAGGUCCUUAUUCUAGAUCAGGACGGGGAGCUCAUUGCUACUAGUACGCAGGUGGCCUUGGUGGUUGACCCGGCGAGGAAUGUCAAAGGGAGAUUGCAGGCGGAUUUGGGAAAGCUGUGA